AUGCCAAGACCUGCCCCACGUUUCGCGAUGGGGCACAUGCUUCCUCAUCGAAGUAAUGUUGGUUCCCAAUUUUUGCAUACCCAAAGGCACGGAUCCCGGAGCACUUGGUACAAAAAACACUAUUUUUCCCUGCGUCCGUUUGCAAUCCAACGCCAUCACGGGACUACUCCCCGUAUUUUACUUGAUCGCAGUUUAUGGAAAUCUCUCUGGAUUACCAAAUUGCAACUACCAGAUAUUAACAGGUGGGAACGUGUUGUAAACAGCCAAAGGGUCACCGAAGAUCGUUAUGCUUUCGUGGAGGAAGAGGGUGUGAUGCACAAGGUGAACUGGGGUCUUUAUUGUGAACGGCUCGAAACAGAGUUGACUGUCACACAAGAGAGGCUUCCGCAACACACACUACUGAUGAAAGCAGCGCCUUCUAGUUGGAAAAAAUUGGAUAUCGAUAUUAGUGUUAUUCGUGGCCUAUCCUUACGUGAAGCAAUGGCACAGUGCAAACUUUCGUUGCGCAAAGGACACCAGAUUGUCUUCCGUGCUCUGGAGAUGGCGCAACAGGGAGCAGAGGCAAAGGGCCUUGACAAGGAGCAUCUACGCGUAGCUCACAUUUCAUGUUACCCUGGCCCAACUGACAAACAGAUUGAUAUUCGUAGCAAAGGCUAUUACGCCUGGAAGACAAAAAAGUCGUCUCAUUUGGUUCUUACUUUAGCUGAGGAUCCUGAGAUGGUGCUUCCUGACCGUACAUGCCUUCCGUAUUCUUCGCUAAUGUCAAUGAAGCGUGCCGGGCUUUCCGCCCAACCUACGGUAAUUGACGUACCCGCUAUUACUGCUGAGGGCAUUUAG